AUGUCAGACUCUGAAUCCGAAGCCGAAGACCACGAAGAAGAGGAGGUCCCUAAACCUAAGCCUGGAAUGCAAUGGCUCAACGAACCGGAAGAAUGGAUGCAGCAAAAAACUACCAUCGCUAUGAGGUGCCCCCCUCAGACGAAUUUCUGGCGCAAGACGGCAACGCGUAGUAUCGAAGACAAUGCUCCCUUUUAUUUCAUAGAAGUUCUUGGCGACUUUGAAGUUCGUGUCAAAAUCAAGGCAGACUUUUCCAGUCCGGACGACCAAGCCGGAAUUAUGGUUCGGGAAGACGAACUGAAUUGGGCCAAGUGUGGCAUCCAACUGGUGGGAAAGAUCCCUCACAUGUGUUCGACUGUCACUCAUGACUACUCGGACAUGGCCAUGCAUCCAAUCAUUAAGCUUCCUGAAUUCUUGUGGGUCCAUGCGAAAAAGGUGGGAGAUGGUUUGGAAGUCUACAUUUCUGAGGAUAGUUUCAAUUGGACACAGAUUCGACAGGGUGAUAUUACCAAGGAUGCUAUUCAUCAAGUCGGACUAUACAGUGCCUCACCGAACUCAGAGGAUGGUCUGGAAGUUAUCUUUGAAGAUUUCAUGAUUAAGGAUGAAAACUGA